UCCAUUUCGACCGAAAUCUGAAUCGAAACCAACACUUCAAUAUCCAAUUAUAAAUUUAAAACGUACAACUUUAAUGCACUGAUCCUUAUCAAUAUUCAUGCCUUAGCAAUUCAAUUACAUUCAAUCAAAUAUCUAUUUCAAAAUUUUACAAUAAGUGUAAUAGAGGUAGUAAACAUUAGAAAAAUAAGGAAUUGUGGUAUGGUAACAGAGAAUUAAAGACAAGCACAGAUGUUGGCAAUAACAAUUAAUCUCGUUUUUUACUUAGUUCAGCUGAAUGGCGAAACCAAAACUACACCGAAAUCCGUUAUUUUAAAUUCAAACCAUAACCAAAUGUUCAUUGUUGACAGAUAGCCCAAAUUUCCAUGUUAUUAUCAUUUAACUCAGAAAGUGAAAUAGUUACACACGUAUUGCAUUUGCACUGCAGCACAAUAAAAAAGAUAAAACCCAAAAAAUACAGGUUUCUAAGAAAUGAAAGUGUGAAAUCAUUUUAGAUCAUAGACACCUGUAAAAAUAAAAAUCCUUAUCUUAUUACGCUUAUAAAUAAACACACUAAGCACUUCUAUAAAUAUUAAGAUAGGUGCCAUUCGCAGUUUGCGGUUUUGUUUAUCAAAAAUAUCUGUUCUGUGUCCAGCUCAGCCGCUAGAUUUGAUUCAAAGCUCUCCUUAUAUAGCCCCGGCGGGAACGGAUGUGGCAUAUAACGCCUCCUGAUUACACCAUAUUAUAAAACAACUGCAAUUUGCUACAUUUCCAAGUUCAGUUGUAAGUGAAGUCACGCGAAUGAAGUUCAUAGUUAGCAGCAUUUAACAUAUUAACUACGAAACAAUGGAUGAGGAAAAAAUCGAUGAAUUAAUUACUGCAAUACAAACCGCAAUUAAUAGUUCUAUCGAGACUAAAUCCGAUAUUAAGAAAGAUGAAAUUAAAACAAUUUUGAAUAAAUAUGAUCAUGAUUUAAAAGUGAAAUUAGUUUCAAAUGCAUUGAAAAAACACCAAACACAACCAAAAACAAAAGCACAAGACCCAAAACUUCAAAACGAAAUUGAUGAAAUGAGUGGCAAAAUAACUAAAUUAUUAAAAGAUAUUUUAUUCAACCUCAAACCUCCUGAAUCACUACCGUAUUUUAUGGAACAGAUAAACAAAAUUUUGGAAUAUUCGAAACGUCCAACAGAUAAUAUUUUAUUGUUUCGCCUUAAAGAAGUUAUAUUUUAUAUAAAUGAUUUCCAAAAAACGUAUAAAGAUGAAUUUCCAUGGGGUGAAUUAGUGAUUUAUAUGCAACAAUACAUAAAAUACUUUACAUCAAAUGAAAAAAUGCAUAUGUUACAAUUAACAUAUAUAUCAAAAUCAAAUUUAAUGCAAUAUAUUGGGUUGAUGAAAAGUUUCAUUGACAAUAUUGCAUCAGGAGAAAAUGAAUGCAAUCCAAACAAUGAAAAUGUUUUGAAACAUUUAGAUCAGAAUUAUUAUAUUAUUCGAACUAUUUACAUUCUCGAAAGGAUGUCCAAAUAUUUAUUUACGAAGGAUGCUGGAACACUUAGUGGUUUAAGGAUUUUACAAGUGGUUGGUGAAGGUUUCAAAAACACCGUAGGAUCUGCAAAUUUUUCAUCUGAUUUAAGAGAGCGAAUUACUAAAGAAAAUGUUGGAAAUAAAGCUAUUGUUGAUUGGUUAACAAAACUGAACAAAUCAGUUGAACAAGUAGGAACAGAAUUAACUACCUAUUUUCUGGAUAGAACCAGUAAACUAAGAGAUAAAAUUUGCCAUUUAAUCAGUGUCCCUGAAAUAAAAGAAAUUGAAGGUUUAGUACGCAGUAUUCUAAAGAACCUGCGAAGCAUUUUAUUCAAUUGGGGCGUGAACGGGUACAGAGGCGGAAUUGUUGAUUCAAUAUGUGAUCAGUUAAAGAAGCUAAAUGAUAUUGAUUUGGAUACGUUGGAACUGCCGUUUUGGUUUACCAAACAACAUGUUAAAAUUGAUUUGAGUACAUUAAAGCGCCAAAUUGUUUCGUAUUUAUAUGAUUUCGUACAACCUAUCUGGGAGAUGGAACCUGAACCAAGUGAAAAAGAGUUAAACACUCAACUUUGGGAGUUGGAAGAUAUUUGUGAAAAAUAUGGAAAAAAAGGAAAAAGAAAAAGUCAAACAAGUUAUGAGAAUUGCAUUGAUAUGCUGAAAGCAAGUUUGAAAACUAAUAAUAUGAAAGAAAUUGAAAUGUUGCUUUUAAUAGCAUUGAAUUAUAUAAGUGAAGUACAAAACAACUUAACGCCCAAUUAUAAUUGGUAUAAAGACGAACAUCAAUUUCUUACCGGAAGAUCAUUGAGAAAUCAUCUGGCUCAUGGUGAUGCGAUAGUAGAAUUGUUGAAUAUUAAUGAAGAAGAAGCAGUCAGGAAGACUGCAGAACUUUUAAUUGAACCAAAUGCCAACGACAACUAUAGAGAGGAAGCUAAAAUAUUGUCUAUUGAUGAAAGAAGGAACAGAACUAACAUGAUAAUUGAAAAGAUGCAGGAAUGGAAUAAGUUGUCUAAAAUUAUAAUUCAAGGCAAGUUGCAUGAAGUAAUGGAAAUAACUGACGAACUGGACCAAGAUUGGAUAAAUUCAAAGAAUUAUACAGAAUAUAAUGAGCUACAAUUAGCUGCACAAAAUGUAACUGAUGAUAAUUUGAAAGUAUUUGAAUUUAUAUUUGAGAGAAACCCCAAAUUAUUAUUCGAAAAUUAUGAAAUAGGAUUUUCAAUUGAUGAAAUUGCUUCAGUUAUCGGCAACUAUAAUAUUAUUAAGCGUAUUUUUGAAAUUAAAAUUUGUAGUUUUUUGCUAGAAAAUGGAUGUGUACAGAAUACUUCUACAGAAACAGCAUUUGAACUAAAAAAAUUUGAUAUUAAUAAUAUUGAACAACUAAUGGCACUAGUAUCGACGAAAUUGAUACCAAGUGAAAUCCCAAAAAGUAAUUGGUGGGAUUUAUGUUAUUAUGGAAUUUGUUGUGAUAACACAUUGCCAUUCGAAAUAAUAACAAAUAUAUUUUAUUACGAAUUGCUUGAUACUCAUCAAGAUAGAUGUGGUAAUUCUUAUUUUGAUAUUGCUACAAAACACAAUGCUUCAAAUGUGAUGGAAUAUUUAAACAGAAUUGGCAUAAAUUUAAAUGGUGUUAACAGCGAUCAAACAGCUUCUCCUUUUUUGAGUCAUCCAUUGGAAGACACAGAUAUUCAGCAAAUGGAACUUAUCACUGAUACUACCAAUAAAGCGGAAAAAUGCAUUCAAACAUUACUCGGUGAGCAGUAUGAUGCAGAACAACCUGAGGUGUGGAAAAUUAUUGCUUCCACGGAUAUUAAUAAUGUGAAAGUAUGUGUGGACGAAAAGAAUUUACUUGUUGUAUACUGUUUCAAGAAAAACCCAAAAUGCUUCCAUCUUGCUAUUAUGAAAACGGACAAGGACGUGACAAAGAAUAUGGAUGACAUAAGGGCUCCGUAUUUAUUAAAUCCAUAUAAUUAUUAUGAUGAAGAAGGAGGAGAAGACUUCCCUCUUCGUAUUAGAAUUUACCUUGAGAAAGUAAUAGAUUUGAUCAUAAGUAAUGUCUCCACACGACCUGAAAAUUUCAAAGCUGCCUUUAAAACUUUGCGCGAGUGGCCAAAACUCGACUGCAUUUUGAAGAAGGCAGUACAAGCGCUGGAAAAUAAUUCUGAGAAUGUAGUACAAUUUUGGGCAAUUUCAUUGACAACAAGGUAUAUCUCAGAAAAAUUUGUUUAUAAAAAUAAUAAAAUUGUGGUAAAAUUGAUUGAUUUAGUAAUGCAUGGAUUGAUUAACUAUCUUAAGGAAAAACCAAUUAUUAAUGAAUACAUAAAAUUAUUCAUAACUAUCUUUACUUGUGACGAAGAACACAAGUAUCAAUCCAAGAUGAUUAAUGAAAUUGGUGUUAAAUUAAAAUCAGUAAAUUUUAAUGUUGCUGAUAAUAAGAUGGAAUAUAUACUAGAAGAGUUUAAACAGCAAUUAAACGUGCAACCAAUUCAAACGAAAAGACAAUCGAAGAGUAAUGUUGAUCCUGUUGAUAUGUUAGUAGAAUUGUUGACACGACACAAAGAUAAUACAAGUUCUAAUUCGCGGAUUGAUGGUUUUGAUAACGAAACUAAGAACACCCAAGAAGGACCCUCUCUUUUAUCUGAGAUUAUCGCAAACGGCGAUGUUAUUCAAUUAAACACGUUUUUACAAAAUCAAUUGGAAAUCUUGUCUACAAGUCGAUUUACAGAUGGCAAAAACAGUUUACACCUAGCGAUGGACAGCAACACUCCAGAAAUGAUUCAAACAAUUUAUGAAAAGUUCCCACAUUUAACGAUGGUAUGUGAUGACAAUAAAGAAACUCCUAUAGAUAUUGCAUUUCAACAAGGAAAUGAUGAAGUAAUUGAAACAACAUUUAGGCUUAUUAUACGUGAUUAUCGCUUACGUUCUGAGCCGUUAAAAGCUGUUUUUUAUAAAGCAGUGUAUUAUGAGUGGGCUGCAACCAGAUGUGCAUUAACACAAUCCUUAAAUGCAAUUAAGGAUCAUAGCGAAGACAAUAUUGUUUUGUAUUUUACAAUGAGAUUCAUAAAUCGACUAUAUUUUAAAAGAAGUUCAGGGGAAAACGAAGACGAUGCUUUGAAAAUAUUUGGUAUGGUGAAGAAUUUAAUUGUUUCGAAAUCUGAGGAAAACCCUAUUAUUGUGGAAUGCCUUGGAAUAUUAGUGCAAACCUUCAACAAGUAUGAAACGUGUAAAAUUAUGAUUAAAGAAGCAUUUACAUCUAUAUCAGAAGUCGUUCAUAAUAAACCCGUGGUGUCAUAUAUCUUUGACACUCUUCUUGAAUUAUUUAAAGUCUUUAAAUUUGGUAUUGGACUAAGUGGAUAUAAACUAUUGCAGAGUCAUGCAUACGACGUAAUGCAAUAUUUUUUGAAUGAUAAUCCCGAAGAUUCGCGUAAUCUUAACUCUCCAAUUUACGCACUCAAAUUACUUCACCGAUGUCAUAAAUAUGGUCCAAAUAUAUCUGACUUAGUUCGGGAAACAAUACCAGUGAUCCUAUCUGAAAAAAAGGACAUGCUUAAUUUAUGUGCAGAAGUUUUUGUUUCGCUCUAUAUAACCAAAGAACAUUUUGAGGAAAUUCGAAGGGAGCAAAAUACAACUGAACAAGGGAACAUCAUUGAGAAAAUAAUAAAAUCACUGUUGAUUAAUAUGCAAAUCCAAGAAUUAAAAGAGUUCCAAGAACAUAUUUCUGACGUCAUACUUCUUUUAUUAAAAUCCGGUAAUGGUCAAGGUGACAUAAAAGAAAAUUUUUGGGGUAAAAUUCCAAAAAGCAAGUUAUUAUGUUUGGUAUAUGGUCCUAAGACAUCUAAUUCAGUUCAGCAAACAAUAGAACAAAUUUUAUCAAAGAAAACUGAUACAGCUACAAUUUGGUUAUGUGCGAAAGUUUUUAUUACGAUUUAUAUAACUUCGGAACAUUUAAUCAAAAUACAAAACACAGAAAACAAAAGUAAACAGCUGCAGGUUAUUGAUAAAAUAAUACUAGAGCUUUUGUCAAAAUGGGGCAUCAAAAACACCGUAAAAAAUGACUUCAAGGAUCAAAUUAAGAAGCGAUUGCUUUGUCGAAAUAACGAUUACAGCGAUUCUGAGCUGGACAAUUAUGAUAACUAAAUAUGUACAGGGUAUACUACUAUGCAGGGUAAUAUUUGGUUGUGGCAUUAUUUAGUUGUUUGAAUUAUUUGAAAUAUAUAUGUAAUCACCAAAAAUCAAUAAUAUUCUGUAUCAUUGUUAAAAAAUACUUACAUUUUAUAAACUUUCCAUCAUCUUUUCAGUAA